GCAACCUGUCCCCUCCUGCACCCUUCCGACCCCCAGCAUGGCAUCGCCCAUGAGGAGUUUGCUCACCGACCCCGCCAGAUACCUCCAGUCUUUCCGCCUCUUCCUCACAAAUUCGACCGAGCAUCAGUGCAUGCGGGAGUUCGUGGAGAGGGAGCUGCCGGCCGUGAUAGCGAGUGUUGGAAAUGGGAAGUCUACAAUCAAUAUUCUAAGUGUUGGUGGUGGAGCAGGUGAGAUUGACCUGCUGAUCCUCUCAAAAGUACAAGCCAGAUAUCCAGGGGUCACCAUCAACAACGAUGUGAUAGAGCCAAGUGCUGACCAAAUCCUCAAGUACAAAGAGCAUGUGGCUGAGACAUCAAACCUCGAGAACGUAAAGUUUACCUGGCAUGAGGAGACAGCUUAUGAAUAUGAAAGUCGAAUGAAUGCAGAAAAGAAGUCUAAAAAAUGGGACUUCAUUCACAUGAUCCAGAUGCUGUAUUAUGUGAAAGACGUCCCAGCGACUAUCCGGUAUUUCCACAGCCUCCUGGAAGCACAGGGGAAGCUCCUCAUUAUCCUGGUGUCAGGAACCAGUGGCUGGGAAACGCUGUGGAAGAAGUACGGGUCUUCCCUCCCUUUAGAUGAUCUCUGCUCUUAUGUUUCUUCUGCUGAUAUUACAAGGAUACUGGAUUCAGCAGGGCUGAAGUACCAGCUCCACGAGCUCCCAUCCUACAUGGACAUAACGAGCUGCUUUAUCGAAGGAAACAAGGAUGGGGAGCUGUUGCUGGAUUUCCUGACAGAAACUUGUGAGUUUUCUAAAACUGCUCCUCCUGAGCUAAAGCGUCAGGUAAUGGAAGAGUUAAGAAAGCCUGAAUGCAGUGAAAAAAGAGAUGGGAAGGUGCUUUUUAAUAACAACCUGAGUGUAAUAGUGAUUGAGCCAUGAGUUAACCUCUUCUUGCUUCUUGAGCUAAAGCAAAUAGUCAGAUACUAACAUUUUUCACACUUUAUAAAUGGCUUAGUUUAUUUCAGUACUGAUAUAUAAUUUUUGGAGCCUCUUAAGAAAUCAGUAUUAAUAUCUGUUGUUAUAAGUGAGCUUUAAUAACCGAUUAAUUUUGCACUAAUCUAUGAAUGUGUAACUCACUAAGCAGUUAAUUGUGCUUUAUCGUAUGGAUGUUGUAUAAUCAGAUGUAACUCAGACCGUCCACUCAGGUACUGCAGAAACCUGACCAUUUCCUAAGAAAUAAUCAAGAACUAUACGUAGUUUCAUCAUCUUCACUUAAAAACUCUCUACAGAGCAAAUAAGCAAAUUACAACUUCUCAGUGCAGCUGGCAAGAGUGGAGGCUCAGAAUGACCGACCGUUUGGGUGGCUGCUCAGUGGGAUUUCUUGAGCUUGCUGUGACUUCAAGAUCUCAAACCUCCAGUUACUGCGAAAGUGGCCUCACACUUUCUGCACGUGCGAUGGUUGCCUGCUCCUGCCUCUGCAGCCGACUCCAUUUAAUGGCACUGCUUCCCUUUCCCUGUGUUUUCACUUUAUUUUUAUGACAUUGCAUCUGCAGAGCGAUUUGUGGACCAGGUCCAUACUGGCACUGCAAGAGCGAAGCGAUUGAAGGUGGUCAAGGCACAGCAGUGGUAACAACUGUCCUGGACAGGUAGAUUUCACUGAUGAGCCCUAAUGCAAAGCCUUUGUUAGGAAUCGGCUACUGCUGUCACAUAGGGCUUUCUGGUAUUUUUAGUUAAACACACAAACCUCCUGGUUGCAGCCUUUCACUAGCUUGGCAGCAAGGGCCAUGCGUGGAAGAUGUAAAAACAACCUCUGACGCCAAACUGACAGGUUUCAGUGGGAUUUGUUUCAUUUUCAAUGCGGUCAUGCCAGGUAAAUCUGUUCAAUAUAUAGUAUAGGAUGUUCAGCAAGAAGGUGCUUCACCUCCUCGGUCCCUUCUCCAUGUGGGGCUGUCUCCACUCCCGUAGUUGAUGCAUUUGUUUUGCUAAACGAUUUUAUGGUUUUAAGAAGUGUUAUUCUCUCUACAAGGCACAAUGCAUAGCAGAAUACAAUAUAGUCGCUUGAAUGAAUUUAAUAGUCUGAAUACCCAGUUUAUUCAGUGAGACAGGUGUGAUUUCUGACAUUGAAAUAAUUUGAUUCAGUGUUGAAAUGGUUUACUUUAGGUAAUGCUUUAGCUGCAAGAAAUUAUGUUUUAUUUUUGCAUAUACAUUUCCAAUACAAUAUAGAUUAUUAAAGAUUUGAAGUGAUUUACAAGAGAA